AUGAGGCCCAAGCGUCUUCUUGCGCUUGCCCCACAGUCGGCUGGCUCCACUCUUCUACGGAGGGCCUGGCCACCUGAUCGCGGCCCCUGCGCCCCAGACCGUCGUGCGCAUGGGGUUAUGGCCCUGCUGUCCGGGCCCGCGGAGCAACCCCGCGGCGGUGGCCCUGGUGGCGCCCGGCACGUCAUUAUCAACGUGGGCGGCUGCCGGCUGCGCCUGCCCUGGGCCGCGCUGGCCCGUUGUCCCCUGGCGCGCCUCGAGCGUCUGCGCACCUGCCGUGGGCCCGACGAGCUACUACGCAUCUGUGACGACUACGACGCGGGCAGAGACGAGUUCUUCUUCGACCGCAACCCCAGCGCCUUCCGCAUCAUCGCGGCGCUGCUGCGUGCUGGCAAGCUGCGGCUGCUGCGCGACUCGUGCGCGCUGGCCUUCCGCGACGAGCUGGCCUACUGGGGCAUCGACGAGGCGCUCCUGGAGCGCUGCUGCCUACGCCGGCUACGGCGCCGCGAAGAGGAGGCAGCCGAGGCCGAGCGCGGAGCCAGCUCGGGCCGCCCCUCCGUGGGCUCCCCAGAGUGCGCUCUGGACACCGGCGGGCGCCUGGCACGGGCUCGGCGGCUCCUGCGCGAUGUGGUGGAGAACCCCCACUCCGGCCUGGCAGGCAAGCUCUUCGCCUGCGUCUCCGUGUCCUUCGUGGCCAUCACGGCCGUGGGCCUCUGCCUGAGCACCAUGCCGGACAUCCGCGCUGAGGAGGAGCGGGGCGAGUGCUCUCCCAAGUGCCGCAACCUCUUCGUGCUGGAGACGGUGUGCGUGGCCUGGUUCUCCUUCGAAUUCUUGCUGCGCUCCAUGCAAGCCGAGAGCAAGUGCGCCUUUCUGCGGACGCCACUCAACAUCAUCGACAUCUUGGCCAUCCUCCCCUUCUACGUGUCUCUGCUGGUGGACCUGGCAGCAGGGGGCGGGCCGGGGACUGGUCCCGGGCCCGGGACGGUGGGCGUCGCGGGCCCCGCAGGUGGGAACAAGCUUCUGGAGCGCGCCGGCCUGGUGCUGCGGCUACUGCGCGCGCUGCGAGUGCUCUACGUGAUGCGCCUGGCGCGCCACUCGCUGGGCUUGCGCACGCUCGGGCUGACUGCGCGGCGCUGCGCGCGCGAACUGGGCCUGCUGCUGCUCUUCCUGUGCGUGGCCAUGGCGCUCUUCGCGCCGCUCGUGCACCUGGCUGAGCGCGAGUUGGGCGCGCGCCGCGACUUCUCCAGCGUGCCGGCCAGCUACUGGUGGGCCGUCAUCUCCAUGACCACAGUGGGCUACGGCGACAUGGUGCCACGCAGCCUGCCCGGGCAGGUGGUAGCACUGAGCAGCAUCCUCAGCGGCAUCCUGCUCCUGGCCUUUCCGGUCACCUCCAUCUUCCACACUUUCUCGCGCUCCUACUCGGAGCUCAAGGAGCUGCAGCAGCGCGCCGCCAGCCUCGAGCCCGCCCUGCGCGAGGACAGCACGCGCUCGCCCACCGAGGACAGCUCGCAGAGCCCGGACGGCGCCCUCACGGCUGGGGGCGCAGACAGCGUGGACACGGGGGCCGGGCAAUGGGCGUGA